AUGACAUUUACAAUAGAAAUAUUCACCGCUAUUGGAGCCAAGAACAUCCAAAAAUUGUUGAAGAAAGAAAUGUUCAGCGAAGAUUUAGUGUCAAUGUGUGGUGUGUGGCAUUUUAGCGCGUCGAUUGUACGAGGAGCGCAUUCGAAAAAGAAACAUCACGGUCGCAAGCACUUCUACGGUAGCGGUCCAACAAAGCCUGAAAUUUUGGAUGCCGUUGAAAAAGAUCCCAGUUUGAGAAUCCGCAAAGUGGCUCAUCGUGUAGGAGUCUCUUCGUUCACAGUUCAUCGAACCCUACACGAACAAGGGUUGCACCCUUACCAUCUCCAGCGGGUGCAGGCUCUACAACCCGAAGAUCCGGCUCGACGAUUGGUUUUUGCUCAAUGGUUAAGCCAAAAACUUGAUGAGGAGCCAAACUUUUUACGCAAUGUGUUGUUUACGGACGAGGCAAUUUUUACACGUGAUGGUAUCUCCAACCGCCACAACACCCACAUUUGGGCUGAUAAAAAUUCUCAUCAAGUGUACGAGCAUCACUUCCAAGACCGAUUUUCGUUAAACGUUUGGGCAGACAUAAUUGACGAUCAUCUAAUAGGAUCACACGUUUUACCUCAACGAUUAACUGGUGCCGCUUAUCUCGAUUUUUUAGAAAAUGUGUUGGAUGAUUUGUUGGAAGACGUGCCCUUGGCAAUACGGAGGAACAUGUGGUAUAUGCAAGAUGGGGCUCCACCACAUUAUGCCAGAGUCGUCACCAAUUGGUUGAACAACCAUUUUCUAGAAAAAUGGAUUGGUCGCCAAGGUCCAGUUGCAUGGCCACCGCGGUCACCAGACUUAAAUCCGUGUGAUUUUUUUUGUGGGGUCACAUGA